AUGGCACACAGAAUACCUGACCACGGAACCGUCCUUGACAUAGGCGGUGGCAACAUGUCGUCCAACAUACUUGACGAUCUUCGACGUGUCUUCGCCAUGGCCGCCCUUAGUGGCCAGCCGCCCCCAACCAUGCCCGACGAGCUACUCUACGACGACAAGGGCCUGGCCAUCUGGGCCGACAUUAUAUUCACGCCCGAGUUCUACCAGACACGCGACGAGAUUACCCUCUUCAAAAAGAACAGCGUAGAGAUUGCCAACUACAUCCCUGAAGGGGCCAUCAUGGUCGAUCUCGGUGCAGGUGACAUGCGCAAAGUCAACUUCCUCCUCGACCAGCUGACUCGCCUCGGCCGUGAAGCAACUUACCUCGCCCUCGACAUCUCCUCGCGCUCCCUGACCACCAACCUCGACCUCCUUGCUCCGGAGCACGCCGGUGGCAGUGUCCACAUGGCGGGCCUCUGGGGCGACUUCAAGGCCGGCAUCGAUUUCUGUGUCGCCCUUCCCUCGUCGUCGCCGCGCAUGUUCCUUUCUCUGGGCUCGGUACUCUUCAACGAUCCAUGGCACAAGGCUGUCGACUCUCUCCGCGAGUGGGCCGCCCUCAUGCGCCGUGACGAUCUCAUCCUCGCCGGUAUGGACGGCCACGAUGUUACGUCUGCCAAGGUCUGGGACGCCUACCAUACCCAUCCGGCGCUGUUUCAAGACUUCUUUUGCAACGGGUUGGAGCAUGCGAACGGCCUACUCGGGGAGAGAGUCUUCAAGGCGGAGGACUGGGAUAUUUGCGCGGGGAUCGAGGAGGACGAGGGACGACACCGCUUCUUCCUCAAGGCCAAGCAAGACAUUGCCGUCACCGCAGCCGCUCGCGGCAGUGCGGAGGAUGGUAUCCAAAUUAUCGGGCGAGGUACCGAGCUGGACUGGUUCGACGCCCAUAAGCGUCCUGAAUGGAUGGUCACAAAGAUGUGUGCUGAGGCUGGCCUCGAGGUUAUCAGGUCCUGGGCUAUUGAUGGCUCCGACAUGCGCCAGUACCUCAUACGCCGUGACCACAGCGCCGAGGUUUCCUCUGACAGGCCAUUGAUUCCGCCAACGUCCGCGGAGCGUAGCUGCUCAGCGGAAGUUCGAGGGAAGAAGUACGGACAGGGGAGUGGGUUCAGGUCACACGUCUCUCAACACAUCUCGGGAAGGGGUGAAGCGAUGGGAAACCGCAAGCUUACGCACCUACAACACACCCAAUGGGUGAAGGGAGGCUGA